AUGCACCGCGACCUGCUCAAAUCGCGCAUCGCUCGUCUCCCACACCUCCCAGCACUCAGCCCCUCCACGCUCGACUCGGAAGAAGUAGAGGAACUCGAUGUCGAGGCAGCCGAAGAGCGGGACUCGUUCCCCUCUGAACCUGCUCGUCCACGUCCUCGUACCCGCCGCGUAGGAGCGCUCGCCUCGUCUCCUGCUGCCGCAGCGCAAUACGCCCCACUCAGUGCCGAGGGCUGCUUCGAGCAGGCUCUCGAGGUCGACGUGCGCGUGCACAACGUCUGGGCCCGUCCCUCCAGCUCGACUCCUUCUCCCGCGCCGACCGAGGAAGUGGCCAGCUUUCGAGUCUACUACACUCCCCCUCCUCCUCCUAGCCGUCAGAGCGCAAGCGACGACGAUGGACGAGGAGUCGUCUUUGUCUGCGUACACGGAGCAGGCUACAGCGGGCUCUCGUUUGCGGAGUUGGCGAGGGGGUUGGUCCAGCUGGCGAGGGAGGAAGAUGGGCCGGGAGAAGGGAGGGCGAGGGUUGGAGUGCUUGCGUAUGAUGCGAGGGGGCAUGGAAAGACUCGGUUAACCUCCUCGACUUCGACCGCUUCUGAGCCAGAAACAGUCGACAUGUCACUCUCGAACCUCUCGGCAGACCUCGUCGCACUUCUCAAGGCUGUCUAUCCGCGGAGAGAAGAGGCGCCCUCGUUGAUGCUCGUUGGGCAUAGCAUGGGCGGUGCAGUCGUCGCCGACGCUUGUGAUCGGAUACAGCAAUACGUGGCGGACGUGACAGGCGUAGCGGUAGUCGACGUUGUCGAAGGAACCGCCAUCGAAGCGCUGCCAAACAUGGCGACGCUGAUAGCGAGCCAUCCCAAGUCGUUCGACUCGCAAGAAGACGCGAUAGCCUGGCACGUUAACUCGCGAACGAUCAACAACCUCCAUUCGGCGCGGAUAUCGGUCCCGCCGUUGAUCAAGCCCGCGCAGCCGGCUACCGAGGGAGAAGAGGCGAAAGGUCCGUUCACGUGGCGGGUUGAGCUGGAGAAGACGGAGCCUUACUGGCGAGGCUGGUUCACCGGUUUGAGCAACAAGUUCCUCUCCUGCCGCGCUGCCAAGCUCCUCCUCCUUGCCGGCACAGACAGGCUCGACAAAGACCUCCUCAUCGGGCAGAUGCAAGGCAAGUACCAGCUCGAAGUCUACCCCGACGUCGGACACUGCGUGCACGAGGACGCGCCCGAGCGAACCGCAGAAACGCUGCUGUCGUUCUGGGAGCGGAACGACAGGACGGACGUCUUGCGAGGGGUCAAGAAGGUUGGCGAGCUGUGA